AUGAAAAGAAAUAAUAAUCAACUACAUGAAUAUUCAUUACAACAUCCCUUAUAUAAUGAUCUACCUAGUGGGAAUCAACAACAACCGCAACAAGCCAAACGACAACUUGUAGAUAGCACUACUUCUGCGCCCAUGUCACCUUCACCCUCACGUUCAUCUUCUAUAUCUAAUACAUAUCCACCAAGAUAUAUUCCCAACGACCAAGCAGCUGUUAUUCCCAUACCGACAUUACAACAAUUAGAAGAUAUCAAAAUUGAUCUAUUUGACAAUAAUUCACCAUCCAAAUUCACAUUCAUAUUCUUCUUGGGUGUACAAGGUAAAGAACAUAUACCGUUUAUACAAUCCUUAUUUCCAGAAAAUAUUUCAACUGCAUUCAUAUCCGGUAAUAUAUCACAGUGUACCAACGCACAGUGCAUUUCAUUGUCUCAAUAUUUUCACAUAAUGGAUCCAAUAGGUGGUGGGUUAUAUCCCUUGGAUUAUUUAUAUAUAAUAAGUGACAAUAAAAUCAAUUGCAAGAUUCCAAUAAUCAUAAAUCAUCAAAAUCGAUUCUUGAGAAGUAUUUCGACCAAUAAAAAUAAAAGUGGAAUUUCAAGUCAUCUAAAUUUUGGAAUUGAAUUGAAUGAAUUACAAGUUUUCAUAAAUAAUUAUUUAGAAUAUCAUUAA